AUGGGACUCAUGGACAAACUCAAGACUCAGCUUGACUUGUGGAAGCUCGAUAAAUAUACCAAGCGUCGUAAUGUAGCCAUGCCUGAGUUCGAGCCUAAAGAUCGAGAUUUUUAUCGGCAUUACUAUCAAGAUGGCGUAUACCUGCAUCAACACCAAAAACCUGCAGCUGGAGUGGAAAAAGUCCAUAGAAAGUCAACCAUAAUGAAGAGAAAAAGUGCUCCAAUGAUACGGUGUUCAGAAACCUACAAUUACUCUUAA